AUGGCUUUCAACCUUUCAGUCAACCCCACGGCUGCCCAAGCCAUGGGAAUUGGCGACGGUGUCGCGCUCAACAACGAAGCGUUGCGUCUCGAGAGCCAGGGUGACCUCGCUGGUGCAGAGCACAAGCACCUUGAGGCCAUAAGUGUCAAAGAGGCUGGUCUUGGCACUGACCAUUCUACGACUGCCGUGUCCUACAAUGGCCUGGGUGAGCUCUAUCUCAAGAUGGAACGGCGUGACAAAGCGGAAGAGUAUCUCACUAAAGCCCUGCGCGUCCGCGAGCAUUGCGGUCCUGCUGCUGACCUGGCAGUCACCCGCGACAACUUGGGUAAGCUGUAUGAGAUGAAGGAUGACCUGCAGGCAGCACAGGACAUUCGCCUUGAGGGCGCGCCAGACAACAUUGCAUGCGGCAACUACAACUGUCUCAAGCUUCAGAAUCUCCUGAGUAGCUUAUCGAAGUGUUCGGCUUGCAAGGCCAUCCUGUAUUGCUCUCAAGCCUGUCAAAAAGCCGACUGGAAACGGCACAAGAAGUAUUGCCGGCGCAGGUAG